ACGGGCAGACGACAGAAUUCACUUUAAAUUAACAUUGGUUCUUAUGGGAGUGUUCACCCAUCGGCAGAAAGUUGAGCAGAAAAAAAGAACUAUUCAAAUCAUAAACGAACUGUCACUCAUUUUGCCGUUCUUUUUAAGGCCUAUCAACACAAUGCUAUUUUGCUUUGACCGAUCACUGCGAGUGAACCGUUCAGUAGAAAAAGAACUAAUUUCGGGAUUCUGUCGAUGGGAACAGACAGCUUCAAACUAUUUUUCUGCUCUGAUCACGUGACACCAGCAGAAUAAUCUUUCUCUGAGUCUGGAUCGGUCGCCAUGUUUCUUUUAACCUCAAUGUUGAAUGUUUCUGUGAAGCUUCUGGAGUUGUGACGAUUUGUGAUUUCUUUGCUAUUUUGUGGAAUAUUGUGCUUUUUAAAAUUAUUAUCUAUUGUUUCUAUUAUUCUAAAAUGGAUAAUAAAACAAAAUUUUCAAAGGAAGAAGAGGAAAAAUUAAUAGACUUGAUUAGGCAAAACGAAGUUUUGUAUCAAAUAUCGCAUCCCGAUUAUCGGAAUUCCUUUUUGAAAAAUAAAACAUGGAAAAAUAUUGCUGCUACUAUGGAGAAGUCAAUGGAAGAUUGCAAAUCAAAAUGGAAAGUAAUGAGAGAUUAUCAGAGGCGCCAAAAAGCAGCAAAUAAGAAAGGAACUGGGUCAUCCUCUGACGGAAUUGUUCCGGCUGAUGACAAAUUAGCAUUCCUAGAUGGAUCGCAUUUUGUGCAGAGACUGACGAAAUCAAACUUCUUAACCGAUUUGGAGAAGGCGCCAGCAGUGGAGAGUGUUGAUGUUCAUGUCGAUGAGGGACAAGAAGCGAUUGUUCUUGAUUUGCCCGUUCUUCAAAGGAUUCCUACUUCAAACUCCAACAAGAGAGCUCCGCCGCCACAGAACGAGAAGGACGAACUAAGGGUGAAAUUGAUGAAGAAGAUGGUGGAUAGACCCAAUAUUCCUCUUCCUCCCCCACCAGAUAACCUAGAGAAAUUUUUCAGUAGUCUAGCGGAUACCAUGCGGGGUUUCCCAAAAAAAGAAAUAGCCAUUUUAAAAAAAAAAAUGAGUGACCUAGUUUCAGAAGUUGAGAUUAGGUUGGCAGAAGAAAAGGAAGGAGAAGAAUAACUUUCCCAACCAUUACAGUAGAACUCCAAUUAUCCAAAUUGCUUUUAGAUAAAAUAAGCAAAAUUCCCACAAUUUUUAGAAGUGUUGGAAAAGCAUUCACAAUGUUUCAGCAAAGUUGAUUCAUACAGCAUUCAACAGGUUAUAAUUAAAUUAAUACUACUAUAAUAUAUUUUAAAAAAGUUUUUAUCCAAUUCCCAUUAUUUUUCUGUGAAAAAUCCAAUUAUCCAAAUACUAGCCGACAGGCUCGCUUUGCACGCCUUAUCCGUCUAGCUAGAGGGCUCCGCCCCCUGGACCCCCGGCUGGAUCAUCCAAAUAUAGGAUCAGCAGACUCACUUCGCUCGCCUGCAUUUUUCAUUUGAGCUUUGUUCUUUCCGUCAAAAAGUCAGUCUAUUCAAUCACCAGUUUUAUUUUAAUUAUGUAGUGUAGGGUUGCAGAAUUCUUUAUUUUUAUCACAAUUGAUAAAUAUUCAUUUAUUUCUGAACUAGAAACUUGGUUAGGAUACUAUGAUGAUAAUUGUAUUUCAGUCUAAUAGUUCUUUGAAAUUUGAAACAGUAAUGAUAUGGGAAACUUAACAAACAUACAUAUAUAACCCUCUCAAAUAAGAAUAUGCUUGUAUGAAUUUGCAUGAGAAAUGUAGAAAAAUUAUUUUAAACUUCAAUGAAAAACUUGAGAAAAGUAACCCUCUAAAAAACGCUUGGAAAACGCUUUAAAAGUGCCUAUAUGGGGCAUAUCUUUGGCGUAAUUCUGAGUCCUCUUAAGAAUAAAUUUCUAGACUCUUGAUGAACUUCUGUACGAAAUUUAAACAUAAUCUGUCAAUUAGUUCUUGAGAAGUUCUUGAAAACACAAGAAAAACGCUCAAAAUCCGCCGAUCUUGGGCGUCUCAACUUUAGGCGGAACUUAACUCACAAUACAACUUUUCUAUUCCUCAGCUGAGCCUGUGUACCAAGUUAGGACAUUUUUUGUCAAUUAGUUCUUGAAAAAGGUGGGAAAACGCAGAUUUUGAGCGUAUCUUUUGAUUUUUUCAAAUCUGUUCUUAGUGCGCCUCUAGAUUGCCAACUGAACAAACCUGACAAAUUUGAAUUGUUUGGUCCAGUAGAUUUUCAGCUCUUUUGAUUAUGAAUGAGUGAGUGGGUGAAUGAAUCAGUGCCAUUUCGCUUCUACAUAUAUAUUAUGUUCAAAUAUUUGAUUAACCUAAUGGGGUCAGUCCCAAUUAAUUCGGAUAAUUGGAGUUCUACUUUAAUUUAUUUUUUUAUUCCUUCGUGAACGAUUUUCAAGUAAAACUUAGCAAGGAUUGUAGUUUGUUAAUUGUUUCUCUCAUAAUAUAUAUACAGGUUGGGUGAAAAGUCCGAGAACGGCUUAAUAUCUCAUACACAAAGGUGAUUUUACGGUGGGUGUGAUUGGGGAUCCUACUCAAAUUAAAAAUAAUUUUUUAUCAUGACUUUAAAAAUCUAGUCCGCCAUCUUGGAUCCGCCAUUCUGAAUGCGACUUUAUUUUUUUUAAUGUAAAGGUUUUAAUGCGAUACAAGACUUCAAUACAUAAUGUCAAGAAAUCUACUUUUAUACUCUUUACGAAAACACUGAUUUCUCAUUGCUUGUGAUUUUUUAAAUAAGUAUUAAAUUCUUGACUAUGAUUACCAUAGUAUAGUAUAGUAUUAAAAUAGAAUGACUUUAAUUUAUGACAUGGCGUAAAACCCGCGGUGCUGAUCCAACAACCUGAUGGAUUUUAUUUGAUAGAAGAGACAUCAAGUCUGAUGUACACCGUGUUUCCCAUGAAGAGGUUUACACAUUUGAUUUUAUAUUACGUGCCCAUUCAUGCACAGAACUUUUUUGAAUUUUACACAGUCUACAAAGUAGGUUCUAAAAAUAUUCUGGGAAAAUUUCAACUUCCUAACCUUCGUAGAAACAAAAUGGUGGCAUAUUGAAAAACGAUACUUCAAAAACAUUAAAAAGAUGUUUGUGGCUUUUUAAAAUAUUUAUUGUUGCUUUUUAGGGCAAUAUGACUUUUAUUUAAAAAAAAAUAGAACAUAGCCUAAUGAAAAACCUUAAAGUCCAAAAUUAUUCAAAUUGAAACCCAUCCACAGUAACACACUGAUACUCACAAAAUUAUUCAUAAGCUCUUACAAAGAAACUCCGCCAUAUCCGGGAAGUUCCUCUUCUAUUGAUCGUUCUAGUUCCCCAUCAUUAUUGAAGCUAUGGGUAUAAACGUUUUCCUUCAAGUAACCCCAUAGAAAGAAGUCACAAUCAGUUUAAUCUGAUGAUCGGGGUGCACAAUCUAAAAUAAUCACUUUCACGAUCAAUCCAACAGCCAUGAAGUUUGUCAUUUAGUAAUUGCAUGACAUGAUUUGCGAAAUUAGGUAGAGCACCAUCUUGUUGGGAGAUUGCUUGAUCCAUUUCUGGUACCAUCCAAUGAGGCAAGACUACCGCAACGUAGUAAACAAAUAAGAUAAUAACUCAUGAAAGUAGUUUUUAUAGGAAGCAAAUUUGUAGAAUUUUCAAUAUGCCGCCAUUUUGUUUCUAAGAAGGUUGGGGAGCUGAAAUUUUCCCAGAAUAUUUUCGGAACCUACUUUGUAAACUGUGUAAAAUUUGAAAAAGUUUGGUGCAUGAAUGUGCACGUAAUAUAAAAUUAAACGUGUAAACCUCUUCGUGGGACAUCCUAUUAUAUUAAGCGAGCAAUUUCUGUAUAUCUGUUUAUAUUUUUAUAUCUGGUUAUCUAUGUUUAACUGAUCUCGAUACCGGCUCUAACGAUUUUCACGAAAUUUGGAACAUAGUGGGUUUAUGAUAUAAAAAUUCGAUUGCACUAGGUCUCAUCCUAGGGAAAACUCGCUGAACGACAUUAAAAGGAUAAUUCAUCCUUGGCUGAAACAGCUGAGACUUUCAAGUGUGGACUUUCAGUCUGUGGAUAGUAAAAAGUGAGCGAGUGAUUCUGUGGAAAAUCAAAAUAUCGCAUCCCCGAAAUUCAUAAGCUGACGUAUAGCCGGAUGUAAAAUAUAAACACGAUUAUUUUAGAAAAUGGUGUUCUGUUUAUCAAUAAAUAAAAAUAACGAGCGAAGCUCGGUGCCCCGAUAUUGAUGUAUAAUAUAGAAUAAAUCUGUCUAGAAUAAACUAUGUCUUUAUAGAAGUAACUCUCUGUAAAUAGUUAUUCCUAGCAACGUUUAUAUAUGAACUAUUUUAGUGUUAAAAGAAUAUCAAAAUUGAAAAGAUUUUGACUUCUCAAUAAAAUUUUAUGAUUUGGUAAUAUA